AUGCUGUCAGAUGAUGAUUCCAGACAUCUUCUGUAUGUUUGCGCAGGCCUCAGUACGUUCACAGCCUACAAGCACACAUCUCUAGGCUUCAGUGAUCUUUUCCCCAAAAUCGAUCGGGGAAUCGGCUCUUCAGAGCCUCUGACGGCCUUCUCCGCAAAAAGCAAUUUCCUGCAGGUUGGCGCUUCUUGGGCUCUCAUUGAAGUCUGA